ACAAAACUGUGCACUUUUCCAGACGUCUCUGAGUGGCAGGAGAAGUACUGAAGGAUGGAUUCUGACGGGGAAGGAGAUGAGAAGGGAGGCGGAUUGUCAAAGACUGAAAAAGAGCAGAGCUGGAUCCCCAAAGUAUUUAAGAAGAGACUCUGCACGACAUUUGUGGAAGAUGCCUCCAGCAAGGGCCAGAGCUGCCAGUGUGGCCGGCCCAGGAAGGAGCACCAGUCGGUUGCCCUGGGUGACUACUUCAGCACGGCGAUGGUGAGCCACUGGGACUCCGCGCAGCACUCCUCAGAGUCCUCCACAGACGCCUUUGGAGAGGUGGAGUUCGAUGGGGCCAGCAAAAGGCACAGCUUUUACAUACGUCUGUCCACUGACACCCAGCCCAACAUCGCCUACAACCUCAUCACCCACCACUGGGGCCUGAGCCUGCCCAACCUGGUGGUGUCGGUGGUGGGCGGGGAGGGCAACGCCAAGGUCAAGACCUGGGUGCGAGAGGUGCUGCGAAAGGGGCUGGUCAAGGCUUCUCAAAGCACAGGGGCGUGGAUCCUGACGGAGGGCUUGAGAGAGGGUGUGGGCCGCUGUGUAGGGGAGGCUGUGAGGGACCAUGCCACCGCCGCCUCCUCCGUCUCCAGUAACCAGGUGGUGGCCAUUGGCAUUCCCUCCUGGGGGCUCGUCCACAAUCGGCAACAGCUCAUCAACCCGGAGGGUAGCUUCCCAGCUAAGUACCAUGCAGAUAACAAGUUCACCGACAGCUCAUGCCUGGAUAAGAACUACCAGGCGUUCCUGCUGGUGGACGAUGGCAGUGUGGGGCGGCGCGGUGGAGAGGCUGGCUUCAGGGCACGCCUCGAGGAUUACAUAUCCCAUCAGCGCACUGGCAUUUGGGGCAGCGGCACCAUCAAUAUUCCUGUGCUGUGUUUGCUCGUGUCUGGAGAGGUCAGCCUCAUGGAGAGGUUGGAUCUGUCUCUACGGACAGGCAUGCCCUGGUUGGUGCUGGCUGGUUCUGGGGGCGUGGCGAACCUGGUAGCGGAUUUCGUGGAGAACCCCGUGGUCUCGGGCACCAGCGGUGGCGGCGGCGGGGGAGAGUCGUCGAAGAGUGAAGCUGGCGCGGCGGGAGGGGAGCUGAGGGACCGCGUGGCCGAACGCGUCAGGAAGCACUUCCCCUCCGAAGCAGACCUGGACAAACUCACUGAUAGGGCUCUCAGCAUCUAUCAGAACAAAGACCUGAUCUCCAUUUUCGACCAUGAGCAUGAGGGACCGUCUGACUUUGACACCGUGUUGCUGAAGGCGCUCGUCAAAGCUAGCAAACGCUGCUCAUUGGCUGACUCUGUUCCAUACACGGAGGAACUGAAGCUAGCGGUGACCUGGAACAGGGUGGACAUCGCCAGGAGUGAGCUCUUCAAUGGAGACAUCCAAUGGAAGUGUGAUGACAUGGAGGACUCCAUGACUGACGCCCUGGUGAACGACAAGCCGGAGUUCGUGCGGCUCUUCACGGAGAACGGCCUCAACAUCCUGGACUACCUGACCAACGGGCGUCUGGAGAGCCUGUACCGCUCCACCUCCGCCAGCUCGCUCAUCUACACCCUGCUGCAGCGCCACCUCGCACUGCGCCAGGCCGUCAUGGGCAUCGCCGCCGCCGCUGUAGACGCCUCCACGGAGGACCUGCUGGCACACUCGCCCAAGCAGCUGGAGAUGCUCAAGCCAGACAAGGAGCUCAGCUUGUUUGAGGUGUCCCGCGUCCUGGAAGAUUUGUUGGGGGAUGUGUGUCAGGCCUUCUACCAUGCCCCCUUGUCCCUUGACAAGGUGACCUCCAAGAGAAGAGCCUUCAAGAAAGUGUGUAAGUUCCUAACGGGGCCGUGUGUGUACCGGAGCAAGCGCUGCCUCUACCCCUGGGCAUCCCUCUUCAUCUGGGCCGUGCUGCAGAACCGCAAGGAGAUGGCCAUCUACUUCUGGGAAAUGGCUGGGGAGUCGGUGUUGAGUGCUUUGAGUGGCUGUAAGCUCCUGAGAGAGCUGUCCAGACUAGAGGUGGAGACGGAGACCAAGAACUCCAUGAAGGAGAACGCCCAGAUGUUUGAGAACCUGGCCUACGGUGUGUUCAGUAAGUGCUAUGAGAGUAGUGAAUACCGUUCCUUUACGCUGUUGAUCCGCAAGUCUCCAGUGUGGGGGGAGGCCACCUGUUUGCAGAUGGCCAUGGCUGCCGACGCACGAAUCUUCUUCAGCCACGACGGAGUGCAGUCCCUGCUGACCCAGAUCUGGUGGGGGGACAUGGAGCGCAGCACGGAGGUCUGGAAACUCAUCCUCACCUUCUUCAUCCCUCCGCUCUGCUACACCAAACUCAUCUCAUUCAGGAAGUCUGGGGACCCAGGAGAGCUCAACUCGGAGGCAGAGGAGGGAGGGAGCCGGGCCAAAGACCACCACCACCUCUACGGAGAGACUGUCUUCUCCUACUCCGACAUCAAGCACCUCAGCCCUGAUGGUGAAGAGGAUGCAGAGCCCGAGGUCCAUAUAAGGACACCAAUCAAAGCACAGCCCCCCAAACGUCCGUUCAUCGUCUCGCGCUGGCGUCAGUUCUGGUACGCCCCCGUGACGUCCUUCCUCGGCAACGUCCUCAUGUACUUCCUCUUCCUGUUCCUCUACGCUUACGUCCUAUUGGUGGACUUCAAGCCGCCGCCCCCAAAAGGCCCGGCCAUCGCAGAGUAUGUGCUGUACUUCUGGGUCUUCACCAUUGUCUGCGAGGAGCUUCGAGAGACCUUUAUAGUAGGCACCAUGACCCUUCGCCAGAGGCUGAGGCAGUACAGCCAGGACGUGUGGAACAGAUGUGACCUCGUCGCCAUCGUCCUCUUUGUGCUCGGCCUCGUCUGCAGGAUGUUCAAGAGGACGUAUGAGUUGGGUCGCAUGUCUCUGUGUCUGGACUAUAUGGUGUUCACCAUCAGGCUCAUCCACAUCUUUGCCAUCCACAAGCAGCUCGGACCAAAGAUCAUCAUCGUCGGCAAGAUGAUGAAGGACAUCUUCUUCUUCCUCUUCUUCCUGGGUGUGUGGAUAAUGGCGUAUGGGAUAGCCAAUCAGGCUCUGCUGUACUCCUACGACCCGCGUCCUGCCAUCAUAUUCCGCCGCGUCUUCUACCGGCCCUACCUACACAUCUUUGGACAGAUUCCUGUGGAGGAGAUGGACACUGGAAAGGAGAUCCCAUGGGACAUGCCAUGCACUGACAACAUGACCCUGGUAGACCUGGAGGGGGCGGAGCCUUGUCGAGACGGGUAUUCCAAUUGGCUGGCGGUCAUCCUGCUGGUGGUCUACCUGCUGGUCACCAAUAUCCUGCUCAUCAACCUGCUCAUUGCCAUGUUCAGCUACACGUUCUCAAAGGUGCAGGAGCGUAGCGACACCUACUGGAAGUUCCAGCGCUACAACCUGAUCGUGGAGUACCACUCCAAGCCCUCCCUGGCCCCACCCUUCAUCUUCCUCUCACACCUGCACCUCCUCAUCAAGAGGAACAUCCGCAAGGUGCCCUCCAUGAAGAUCCAUCACUUUGCUCAGGAACUGGAGGGGAAAGCAGCCAAUCGUCUGAUGACGUGGGAGGGGAUUCAGAAGGAGAACUUCCUGUCGGACGAGGGCAAGAAACAGCGGGCCAGCGACACCGAGAGGCUCAAGAGGAUGUCUGUCAAAAUGGAUGGCAUGGUGAAACAGAUGGUGGAGAUGCGAGAUGUGGACCACAGGUUGAGAGCUCUGGAGACACAGAUGGAGUUCUGCACUAGUGCCAUGGAGUGGCUGAUGGAGAGCUUGGCUCAAGGCAACAUGAUGAAACCCUCUCGACCUCCACCCACCCUCAAUAGCAUGGAAACUCCAUCAACCUCUGGAUCAAGCUAAAACAUUUUUUUUUAAACCGUGACAUUUUACACACACACACACACACACACACACACACACACACACACACACACACACACACACACACACACACACACACACACACACACACACCAUUUGCACCAUUCACUCUGACACUUUUCCUCAGGGUCAAAUGUGGGCUGUGUGACUUCAGCCUUCUUUCACCAGCACAUUUUGAACAACGCCUGUUCUUUCUUUCUUUUUUUAACUCUUUUUUUUUUAAAUCGUCAAAGAAAGUGCCAGUUAUUGUUAGCUGUUUCUAUUAUUUAAAGAAACCCUCUCUCUCUCUCUCUCUCUCUCUCUCUCUCU